GCCCCGGAGCCGCCGCCCCCCGCCGAGACCCCGGCGCCGCCCGAGCCGGGCGCUGCCGACGGCGACAGCGGGGGAGAGGCGGCGCCGGGGGACGUCGCCGCGGCGCUGGAGGCCGAGUCCGGCAGCGGGAAGGACCCCAUGGAAGGUGCCGGCGAUGCCUCGGAGGCCUUGGAUGCCCAGGCGGGCUCCGUGGAUGAGGAGAACGGACGCCAGCUCGGAGAGAUCGAGCUGCAGUGCGGGAUCUGUACGAAGUGGUUCACAGCAGACACGUUUGGCAUCGAUACCACAUCAUGUUUGCCUUUCAUGACCAACUACAGUUUCCAUUGCAAUGUCUGCCAUCACAGUGGGAACACGUAUUUCUUAAGAAAACAAGCAAAUCUCAAGGAAAUGUGCCUUAGUGCUCUGGCCAACUUGACGUGGCAGUCAAGGACACAAGAUGAGCACCCAAAAACUAUGUUCUCGAAAGAUAAGGAUAUUAUCCCAUUUAUUGAUAAAUACUGGGAGUGUAUGACAACAAGACAGAGACCUGGGAAAAUGACUUGGCCUAAUAAUAUUGUCAAAACCAUGUGUAAAGAAAGGGAUGUGUUCUUAGUGAAAGAGCAUCCAGACCCAGGGAGUAAAGAUCCAGAAGAAGACUACCCAAAAUUUGGACUUCUAGACCAAGACCUUGCCAAUAUUGGUCCUGCGUACGAUAACCAGAAGCAGAACAACGCUGUAUCCACAAGUGGAAGCUUAAAUGGGGGAAUUGCCGCAGGAGGCAGUGGGAAGGGACGGGGAGCAAAACGCAAGCAGCAGGACGGAGGGACCACAGGAACGGCCAAGAAAACCAGAAGCGACCCGUUGUUCUCUGCGCAGCGGUUACCGCCCCAUGGCUACCCUUUGGAGCACCCCUUUAAUAAAGAUGGAUAUCGUUACAUCUUGGCUGAGCCUGACCCCCACGCACCUGACCCAGAGAAGUUGGAGCUAGACUGCUGGGCAGGGAAGCCUAUUCCCGGGGACCUCUACAGAGCCUGCCUGUAUGAACGAGUCCUCCUAGCCCUGCACGACCGAGCUCCUCAGUUGAAGAUUUCGGAUGACAGACUGACUGUCGUCGGCGAGAAGGGCUAUUCAAUGGUACGAGCCUCACACGGAGUGCGGAAAGGAGCGUGGUACUUUGAAAUAUCCAUGGAUGAGAUGCCUCCGGACACAGCUGCCAGAUUAGGCUGGUCGCAGCCAUUGGGGAACCUCCAGGCACCUCUGGGAUACGACAAGUUCAGUUACUCCUGGCGCAGCAAGAAGGGAACCAAGUUUCAUCAGUCAAUAGGGAAGCACUAUUCAUCUGGCUAUGGACAGGGAGAUAUACUGGGCUUUUACAUCAGUCUUCCAGAAGACACUGAGACUGCCAAAUCGCUGCCUGAUACUUACAAAGAUAAGGCUUUGAUCAAAUUUAAAAGCUACUUGUACUUUGAAGAGAAGGACUUUGUGGACAAAGCAGAGAAGAGCCUAAAGCAAGCACCUGGAAGCCAGAUAAUAUUCUUCAAGAACGGUGUCAGCCAAGGUGUUGCUUUUAAAGACAUUUUUGAAGGCGUUUAUUUUCCUGCUAUUUCUUUGUACAAAGGCUGCACAGUUUCUAUAAACUUUGGACCGUAUUUCAAGUACCCACCCAGAGAUAUCACUUACCGUCCAAUGAGUGACAUGGGCUGGGGUGCUGUCGUAGAACACACGCUGGCAGAUGUUCUGUAUCACGUAGAGACGGAAGUUGAUGGAAGACGAAGCCCACCCUGGGAGCCUUAAAAGAAGUAGGUGCAGCAUAACAGACCAAGGUGGCUAUCAAAUCAAGUGGGUUUUAUUCUAGGAGAAUGUGCAUCACUCAGAACAAUCUGUCAAUGAACAAACGUGAUGAAGCCAAUGCAGCUCUUGGUGGCAGGCGUUUUGUAUGUAUAUUUGUUACCUGCUGAAGGUUCAUGCGCUACCCCUCUGCUGGAGUCUAAGUGAAUGCAGUUCUAAUAUGUAUUGUGCUAUUUGUGAGCAUCUCUCGGAGUCUUCAGUAACUUACGGCGUAGCUAGCUGAAGAAGCAACUAUUGUGUUGAGAUACUUCUCAUCUGAUGUACUGGGGUUGUAACAGUCAUUUUUCAGUGAGAGCAGGCUGCGGUUGGACCUACCUGCUGUAUGUAUACGUGCAGAAGCAACAUUGACACUUCUGCUCCUGUGUUUGGCUAAUUGUAAACAGCUUCCAUCCAGAAGGAUUGUGUUGUAGCAAGACUACUGCAUGUAAGACUGAAAUUUGGGCUUCUGCCCAAACUGUAUUUUUUUUUUACAUGAACUGGCAGCCAGUUUAAAAAUAAACCUUUCUUUAAACUCUUA